UACAAUGACACGAGUUCCUCCUACUGUUUCUGCAAGGAAGAGGAAGGCUGAGCAAGCUUUAAUUUUGGAAAGUAAACGAGGCAAAACGCGAGGACGAGGGCAAAGGCAAGAGGUUGGGGGUGAGGAGGAUGUGGUGGUUGAGCAACAUCGUGAGGAAAUGAAACGAGUUCCUCCUACCGUUUCUGGAAGGAAGAGGAAGGCUGAGCAAACUUUAACUUUGGAAAGGAAACGAGGCAAAAGACGAGGACAAGGGCAGAGGCAAGAGGUUGAGGUACAUUCGGACGUAUAGGAGGAUAUGGAGGUUGAGCAACAUGUUCAGGUAGAGAAGGAUGUGGAUGUUGAGAUACAUUCGGAGGUACAUGAGGAUGAGCUACAUUCUGUCCUACAGGAGGAUGAGCCACAUGAUAAUGUAGGGGAGGAUGAGCCACAUGCUAAUGUAAGGGAGGAUGAGCCACAUACUGAAAUUUGUGAGGAUGAGCCACAUGUUGAUGUACGGGAAAAUGAGCGUGAGUCCGAUCAACAGGAGGACGAGGAAACGACACAAGACAGAGGACGGGGGAGAGGACAAGGACGAGGGAGAGGGCGUCAGGCAAGGCAAGAGGAGGUAGACGAUGAGGCAGUUGGUCCACAAGACCGGAGUUUGUUAGUGGAUUUUAGGAACCAUGUUGCUGUUGAUAUUUGGAACGGUAUGGAGCGACCAUUGUUGAAACUGCACUCACACGGACGUAAUUUGAAGAAGUGGUCAAUAGCGGAGGCAAAUGAGAGGUUACUUAUGAGGGUCAGAAGUUCAGAGGUUACUUAUUUUUGA